UUUUUGCAAAAGCCUUGAGCGACGGCUUGGGCAGCUGUAGAAACUGCACCCGGAGACGGAACGCGGGCUCCUAAAUGCUCCGAAAGAAGCAGAAAAGCGCAGGUGCCUGUGCUGGGCGCUGUCUCAGGGAGGUCUAAGCGCAGCGUCUCCCCGUUAGCACAUUCUUGACUCCAAUCAGCCACCGUAGGCCCAGCAAACCUCUGUACCCUUUCCCACUGUCCUUCGGCCCGUAGCUCUGCGCUUGCUCACCAACGAGACUGCCUCGCGCACCCACCCCUCCUUCGACUCUGUCUCCCACGCCGCAGCCUCCGCCAGCUGUGACUGCGCUUGCGUACUGACGCCCCCACCGGCACCGCAUGGGAGGAGGGGAUGGAAAUGAGGCUGGACCCUGCCGCUUUGGAGCGCACCUUGCCCUGCCCUACGGUCGCUGGGUGCACGGCGUGCGGUGCAACUCCUUCCCAUCCGAGGGCAGCGGGGCUGCGACCUCGGCCUCCGCGGGAGGGGCCCGCAGCCCCGCCCCCGGGGAGGUGCAGUCCGCAGGUCUCCUCUCUGCUCUCUACGGCUUCAACUCCACACCGGGGAUGAAAUUUAGCAACGAGGAAGAAAUUUAGCGGCCCUCGUGGCGUCAAUGGACUGAGACUAAGCCAAAAGGUUUCUGGGCCAGCAAGAUGCUGGAGCGAGAUGCAGAGCCGGCGGCUGAGGCCACAGAUCCUAGUCCUGCAGGCAAGGAAGCAGUGACCACAGGCGGAGCUCCCCACCAGGGUUCGUCCAAGAAGCCCCACCAGUCGGCUCCGGGGCCUGCUGCCUCCACAGAGACGCCAUCUCGACCCCGCCGACGACCCCCGCCCCAACGCCCGCACCGAUGCCCCGACUGUGACAAGGCCUUCUCGUACCCGUCCAAGCUGGCCACGCACCGGUUGGCACACGGUGGCGCUCGCCCCCACCCGUGCCCCGACUGCCCCAAGGCCUUCUCCUACCCUUCCAAGUUGGCAGCCCACCGCCUCACGCACAGCGGCGCCCGCCCGCACUCGUGCCCGCACUGCCCAAAGGCCUUUGGCCACCGCUCCAAGCUGGCAGCCCACCUCUGGACCCACGCGCCCGCCCGCCCCUACCCAUGCCCUGACUGCUCCAAGUCCUUCUGCUACCCCUCCAAACUGGCUGCCCACCGACACACGCACCAUGCCACGGAUGCCCGCCCCUAUCCUUGUCCGCACUGCCCCAAGGCUUUUUCAUUCCCCUCCAAACUGGCUGCCCAUCGCCUAUGUCAUGAACCCCCCACCGCGCCGAGCAGCCAGGCCACCGCCCGACGACAUCGCUGCUCCAGCUGCGGCCAGGCCUUUGGCCAGAGACGCCUCCUGCUCCUUCACCAACGCAGCCACCACCAGGCUGAGAGUCAGGGGGAGCGGGAGUGAGCCCUCCCCUUGGCUCACCGGCGCCCUCUGCCGCCAGCUCCAGUAAACACAGAGGUGGCAUUUCUAAACCAGGCUUGCCUCUUGUAGCUGGCAGGGAGGUUGGUUCCUCCUUACUGGGCUGUAACUUAAAAGGUGGAGGAACUCUUGGCUCACCCACUUUGGGGAAGGGGAGGGAAUGUAUCAACCACAGAGAGUUAACCGGCCCCAAACCAUGGACCUGGAGCUGUGGUGGGAAAGAACUGGCUCUGGUUUUUCCUGACUAUUCAUUUUGCGAAGGUACAAAGUCUGCUAGCAUUGUGGGGUGGUGGGGAGUGUGGGAAAACAGGCUCUCUCCUGUUGUUGUAAGUUA